AUGGGCCGCAGGGAAGGGGCGAAGGCUGCUGCCUCCCCCCCGCUCCCACCCCGCAAACGGACCUACUGCCGUCGAGACGCCGCCGGGGAUCGCCAUGAGGAGACAUCUCCGGGGGUGACCCUCACCGACCACCUCAUCACUACGAGGAACCUGCCUCGGCUGGUGGAGCCCCCGCACCCAAAGAGCCGAUCCACGGAGCUGGUGUCCCCCUCGACCGUCCGCUUGGACCGGGAGAACAUCUGUGCUAUUGGGAGACUCCAGAGCCUGUGGGAGAUUCACAGCCUCUACCUGCAGCAGAACCACAUUGAGAAGAUCGAGAAUCUGGGCUGCUUUCCCAACCUGCGAUUCCUCUCCCUGGCUGGAAAUCGCAUCCGCAGAGUGGAGAACCUGCGGCCCCUGCUACACCUGCGCGUCCUGGACUUGUCCCACAACCAGAUACAGAUGCUGGACCCAGCGUUGUUAUUGUGGCACCAGGCCUUCUGCUUGCAGACGGGAGAAAGUGAACAGGAGCUGGUGAUAGGAGCCCUGCCCCACCUCCUGCAGCUGGACGCCCAGCAGGUCCGUGGCAGCGUGGGCAAGGAAGAAGAGGAAGGAGGCUCUUCCAGCAGUGAGGACGAAGACGACGAGUCGCUCUCUGAGCCGAGCGGCCCUUUCACUGCAGGCAAAGAUUUCUUUGCGGAUCUGCACCGGGAGCUGGCCGGGCGCUCGCGGCGGAGGCGGAGGGAGGCCCUGAAGGAACACCGGACCCGUCUGGAAGAGCUGGAGGAGCUGCGGGGGCGUCGGGGUCUGCUGCUGCCUCCCGCACCGCUGAGCCCAGGCAGGGAGGGAGCAGCCUGCAUCACAGCCCCAGGUCCCAAGCGGUCUCAGCCCCGUCCCCAAGCGAAGCCGGGGACGCAGCUGCCACCCCUGCCGGGACCUGGUGGGCAGCACGCCUGCCCGGCGCCCCAGCGAGCUCCCGGCAGGAGCCAGCCCCGGACCAAGGCUCUGGAGAAGGAGGCUCGCGCCGAAGGAGCAAGAAAUAGGCAGUUACCCCAAAUACCCCGCACCAGCACGGCACCGCGCAGUUAG